ACCGAAGGCGAAGAAAUAAUACACCUGGGCGUCGAUUUACCAGUUAUUAAGCCGUUCACGGGUACCACCAGGAGCAAAAAGCCGGUAAAGAACCCCGAACCUCGAUUAGUUAGGUUCCGGUAUAAGAAUCAAGAAAACCUAAUGAUAACAGAGGUCCUUGAAACGUACUACGACCCGGGAGUACCAGAGAAAGAAGGCCUGAAGCAAGAGAAAAACGCUGAGUCAGGUCUUGAGAUAGAUCUGAUCAAUUUAAUUGAUAGUUAUCUCGAAACUGUGGAUACUUGGAUAUCCGAACUAAAAAGCGAAAACGAAGAAAAAACGGACUACAACCUUGGAAUGGAUAUCCCGGUAAUACUAACCCAAGAAAAAGUAAAAGAAGCCAGAAAUAAAGAUAGUACCCCGGAUAAAUUGCUACAAGAAUCGCUUACCAUAUACGAAGCUCCAUUCGGAAAAAUAGUGCAAGAGAAAGAAGAAACCCCGAAGCGAAUGCCGUUCUGA